GUGUUACAUCCUUAUGAACUCAAAGGUCUGUAGCUGGAAUUUUCUAUAAUAUAUAUUUCUCACCACUGCCCCGACCGCACGGAGAAGUCUCCUCGUCAGCGACGGGCGUCCUUGCUCUCGCGUAGCGACGAGGAGGAUUGGUGCGAUGGCUCCCAAUUCGUCCAGCCCGCUGGCCUCGCCGUUGGUGUCACCGGCACCAUCGGGACACGACUCGGUGUCGCUGACGGUGUCAUCGGAGGAGAGCGCCGAGGAUAGCGACGACGAGGUUCAAUGUACGGACGGCCCGCGCGCACCAACCGCUGAAGAAAUGGCCUGGUGGAGGCGGCAGCAAAGGGCGGAGCCGGGAACAAGGAAUAAAAAGCCGCUGACCGUGCAUGACAGAGUCGAGGCGGUGAAGCGGAAGUUCCAAGAGGCGACGCCGGAUGAAAAGCGCCGGAUCUACCGGGUGCUGAGGGCGGCGCAGGCGAUCAGGCGUCGGAGGGAUGAGCGGUUGGAGGCGCGGCGGCGACAGGCGGAAAGAGCCGCCAGUACGAAGGAGCCUGGCGAAGGGAGCGACGAAGCGCCGCCACCCCCACCAUUCCGGGUGGUGCUGCCGCCGAUGCAGCGCCGGACCGACGAGGCGGAGACCGAGGGGGCGCGGUCCCAGGAGGGACCUGCAGGAGUCACAGGCCGAAGAAGAAGUGCACCGGAGCAGCAGCAGCAGCACCAGCAGCAGCAUCAUCAGCAGCAGGGGCAGUGGCAACAGCAUCAGCAGCAGGGGCAGUGGCAGCAGCAACAACAGUGGAGGGGACCCGAGGCGGCAGUGAUGGGCCCUUAUGUGUCGCAGGAGGUGCGGACCGCCGUGCGCCAGGGGAUGGUGUGGCACCACCAGACCCUGCACAUCACGUGGGCCUCGGGACCCGCCCCGUGCGAAGCCCAGCCAGAGGCAGGCGCCCGGGUGUGGGAGGAGACUCCACGCGGCAGCAACAGCAGGGACCCGCGGAGGAAGACCCCGGAAUAA